ACGUCAAUACAUUGUACUAUUCAUACGUCUUCAUUCAAUAACGAUUAUUUCAUUGAAACUAAGUGUAUUAAAAGUUUUUUAUAUCUAAAAAGUUUAGAUUCAGUGUUUCCUUAUACUGUAUUUAAUAUAAAGUUCGGAAAUUUUAAUUAACUUGAAAGGAUAUAUUUAAAAACAGUAGUCCAUUUACAAAAUGCCCAUUCCUAAUCUUCACGUCGAUGAACAGAAUAAUAUAAUCUAUAUGAUAAUUAUUAUCAUGAGGCAUCUAACACAAGCUUCAGCAUGAUUUUAAUGGUAACAAAGAAUGUAAUUAACACAUUUUGUUGGAAAUGGCAUGAUUCAAUAUUGGUAUUAUUCUCAUUGGUUGGGAACAAAUUUAACAUAUACAUUAUGUCAAUAGCGAGGACUUUCCCAAAUGAAACCAUAUCCUCGAAGGAUUUACCACUGGUGUAAAAUGACACCAUUUUAAUCAGAAAAUUGGGAUAAACUAUUCAAAAUGAAAGGGCUACCUAUAGACACGCAUAUAUAUUUCGAAGAGGGCCUCCUCACAACACAUCCUUAUGUUACAACUAAUAACACAUGGAAUAUUCUAGCCUUCAUUGAUCCAGCUGCAUCUCAUAGAAAAAUUAUAAGACGAUGGAAUCGUCUAUCAAGACUGCAAAGAUCUAUUGCAUAUGUCUUAUUGGUUUUGCUAAUAACGAUAAUAGUUUUAUAUAUUGCGUCGAAAAUUGGGGAUUCAGAAAGGGAUAAUGUCGACAAAGUACUGGAACAAAAUACAACUCUAGUCAGUGCCGCAGGUGUAGUGCAGACUCAACAUAAGUCUGCUAUUGAUCAUGAUUCGGAAGAACAUCAUACAUUUACAGGCCCAGCUAAUGCUCGACAGUAUGCUGUGGUUGAGAGCUUCAAACAUGCCUGGAAAGGGUACAAGGAGCGUGCUUGGGGACAUGACAACUUGAAACCAGUAACUGGAAUGGCUUUUGACUGGUUCUCAUUAGGACUUACUAUUGUCGAUGGAUUGGAUACAGCUUUCAUCAUGGGAUUGACUGAUGAGUAUGAAGAAGGCAAGAAGUGGAUUAAAACCGAGUUGGUAUUCACAAAAAACAAGGAUGUUAAUUUCUUCGAGGUCACUAUUCGUGUGCUCGGCGCUUUGCUGACCAAUUAUCAUUUCUCUCAUGACAAAAUGUUCCUUGAAAAAGCGAAAGACUUGGGUGAUCGACUUAUGUCAGCGUUUUCCUCACCUUCCGGUAUACCUUAUUCGGAUGUGAACUUGGCUACAAGAACGGCUCAUGCCCCGGAGUGGUCUCACUAUAGUACCACAGCGGAAGUAACUACUGUCCAAUUGGAGUUCAGAGAACUUUCUAGAGCAACCAAUAAUCCAGCAUAUGAGGAUGCUGUGGCGGCUGUAUCAGAGAAGAUUCACCAAUUGCCGAAGAAACACGGUUUAGUUCCGAUAUUUAUAAAUCCAAAUACCGGAGACUUUUUGCCACACGCUACAAUAACGCUGGGAGCUAGAGGCGAUAGUUACUAUGAAUAUUUACUUAAACAGUGGCUACAGACUGGCAAGACAAUCAACUAUUUAUUGGAUGACUAUAUGACGGCUAUAGAGGGUGUUCGGGAAUUCUUAGCGAAACGUUCAUCGCCGAAUAAACAUUUGUUUAUUGGAGAAUUAUCUGCCGGGUCAGAGGCUUUUAAUCCAAAGAUGGACCAUUUAACUUGUUUCUUGCCUGGAACAUUGGCCCUAGGGCAUGCAAAUGGUCUGCCAGAUUGGCAUAUGUCUAUGGCUGAAGAACUUCUCUAUACAUGCUAUUUGACAUAUUCUGCCCAUCCCACAUUCUUAGCUCCUGAAAUAACACAUUUUAAUAUGGUUAGUACGACAGAAGAUAUGUACACUAAAUCCGCGGACGCACACAGUUUGUUGCGGCCCGAGUUUGUCGAGAGUUUGUGGUACAUGUAUCAAUUGACUGGCAACACUACAUAUCAAGAUUGGGGCUGGCAGAUAUAUCAGGGUUUCGAGAAAUACGCAAGAGUUACUUAUGGAUAUUCAUCAUUGGCCAGCGUGAAAUCUGACAGACCUGCCCAUCGAGAUAUGAUGGAAACCUUCUUUCUCUCAGAAACACUUAAAUAUCUAUAUUUACUAUUCAGUGAGGAUAGAUAUCUCAUAGAUUUAAAUAAAUACGUUAUCAAUUCUGAGGCACAUCCGUUGCCGGUGCAUAAAAAUUAAUUCUAGACGUCCAAAGUUGUGCAUUAUUUAUAAAAAAAA